AUGAAAAAUAGAAGCAAUAAAAUUAUAUCAAGAGAUCCUGUAAGUAACAAAUAUUAUGAAGAUUCCAAUAAUUUCGUAAAUAUUGAAAAAUUCAUCAGGUGUGAGGCAGAUUCCCUUAUUUUACCUGAAUACCAAGCAGAAGAGCCAAAGCAUCGGCCAUCUCUUUCUUUCAAUCAUAAUGACUUUUCAAAGAUAAAGCCAGUUCAUAAACGAACUGUAAGUGAAGUCCUCCCACAUCCACCAGAAACUGAGAUUAUCACCAAUAAAACCCCACCAAAAUCCAACUACCACGAAAAGAGACUAACCCCUAAUUCACUUGCAAAAUACCUCAAUCAGACAGGCCUGCCUAUCCUAAAAGAAAGAAAUGAGUCUUCAUCUUCAGACAGCAUGUCAGAAGAUGAAAAAAACAUCAGAAAUAUCAUUUCAGAAAGAAAAUCCUGAAAUCUUCCCACCAAUGAGGCAGAAAUUCAAGAGCAAGAUCCUCGAAACGAAAUAACUUCAAUGCAUGAAAAUUUGGUAAAAAAAAUCGAGAUUACAAGAAUGGACAUAAAGAAAAAAUUAUUAAUGAUUUUUGGAGAAAAAGAUAAUGGAUUACCUUUAAGAGAUGCAAGACUGACAGAGAGAUCAGAUGACGGAGUUAGGGAGUCUUUGAAUACAAAUACAACGCAAACUGGCCCUGGAAGCUCGAUAGCUUUUACUGAAAUGGCUGUUGAACAGAGUGAAAAUGCUAAAUUUGACCCAUUUAGGUCUCAAGAUAGCUUUCAAGGAAAUGUUGAAAAAAUCAAGCUGGCUUUAACUAAAAAUUUUUUUACAAAACCUCAUCAAAUUGCUACAAGGCAAGGGAUUUUCGACCUUAUAGAGAGAUCAGGAAAAAAGAUAUGUGUGCUGGUUUUUAAUAGGCGAAAUGAUUUACUGGGGAUUUAUUAUAAAGAUGACAGCACAAAUUAUUUGCAUAGAAUCUCAGGAGUGAAUGGGUGGUCAAGCCUAGAUCCAAACCCCCACCCAUACACUUCAAUGCCAAACUACCAUAUGUAGAGCUAUAAGCCAGGUAGACUUAGCAAAUUUUGACCAGAGGGGUGGGAUCCAUUAGGGGUGGGGGUUGGGAUCUGUGCUUGGCCAAAUGGGUCGAAAUAUUUAAUACCUCCAGGAGACAUUGUCUCUUAUUUUUUAUUUGAUCCUGUAAAUAACUGUUUCACCCCUGGGAGUUUGAUAUCAUACGACGCGGUGAGUCUAGUCCCAUAAAUGUUCGGGUGCAGGUCAAAUGACAUUGCCUUUUUGAUAGUGUCCAUUUCACCGAAAAAAUUUUGGCUGAAAAUUGGUUAAAUUUUUGAUAGUGAGAUAUUUGACCGAAAAAAAAAUUUUGACCAAAUGUAUUUCGAUGAAAUGUACUCUGUCAAAAAUCCACUGUCAUUUGGCAUGAAGCCAA